GUUGUCUGCGACUAUCGCGUUGUGGAUCGGGCAGGUGACGGCAUUGGUCCCUUAGCAACCUACUUCGAGGCCGUCAUGAUUAAUAUUAUUAUCUAAUUAUAUAUCUCACCUGGCAUUGGGCUUGCUUCGAUGAAGUCGAGAGGAAAAAGUGUAUUGAUGCCAGCCCAACAGGCCUCGAACUGGCAGCCGCGGGGAACUCGCCGGUGCACCUGCUCCGAAUGCAUAUCUGAUGCUCGACCUGCAGGCAGAACCUGGACCAGAUCAGGCAUUUGCGCUCAUCUUCGACAUCUGGCAACUCGCCAAUCGCUUGGCAGCAGUACGGUUCCAGGGCAGCAGCCGUCGGGUUCGGUACCAGCUGCUCCACCAAGGGACCCACAGCUUGCUACUGUGGAUGACCAGGAAAGCCUUCCUGUGGAGACCCAACCUGACAUCGAUGCCAUGGAUCAAAUGCCACUCUGGUCAACACUUGAGGAUCCGUUGAUUCCAGACGAUACGGAAGGCUUGGAGUCUUCUGACAUCGCACCUGCAUUACAGAACAAUGCAGGUGUCGAUGUCCCACAGGAAUCGGCAUCCCUCAUGGAUGUCUGGGAGGACAACGACCUCCCGUCAUUCCAAGUCGAUGAGGAACCCGAUGACGACGCCAUACACACCGAAACUAUCAAAUCUUUCGAACCCGAGCCAGCAGUAUCUGAGCAAUCGGCGAGGCUCGCAGUAGACGACCUUAGGAUUGCCCUACCUCCUCCUCCUCCCUCAUACGACUUCGACCACCCUUCAUGGACACCGCUGCAGUGCUACCUCAGCAUGCAUAGCAAUGCUGCGGUGAGGGCAAUAUGCCUCAUGAUGGUGUAUCUGCAUGCUCGCUAUCAGCUACCCCACCGCACUUGCGGCUUCCUUGCAAGCUUCCUGUACUUAGUAUUGGAGUACAUGGACAUCCUCUCGCCCUCCGCCUCCUGCACACCUGGAUCGAGCCCACCAUGCACGCUGACGACCAUGUACCAACGCAUGGGUAUAUGGGACUGCUUUGAAGUAAAAACGAUCUGUCCCAUAUGCUGGCUUUGUGACAGCUACCAAAGCCGGCCAGAAGAUCCCGAAAUGGUCGACGAGCUCACGUACGAGGAAGACCCCCCUCAAGCAGACUGGCAGCGCAGGUGCAAACGCUGCCAGGUAGCCUUGUACGAGCGAGCCCCCACCUCCCUCAUCCUCACCACGUGCAAAAAGGCGCCCUUGGAUCUCCUCUCCCUACAGCUCGCUGACUUCCUGGGCCAACCGGGGUUCGAAGAGGCGUGUGAGUCAUAUCUGGACAAGCCCUCACAGCCUGUCAUCUACUCUGGCAUCCAGGAUG